CGAACGCGCUCGAUCCCACGUACUCUCUCCCAAUCCCCAAAUUAGCACGAUCCGAUCGCUCCCCUCCCCUGAUUUGAGGUGAGGAGAGGCCAGGGGGGCCGGAGCGGAGGAAGGAGAAGAGAUGAGGGAAAUCUUGCACAUCCAGGGCGGGCAGUGCGGGAACCAGAUCGGGUCCAAGUUCUGGGAGGUGGUGUGCGACGAGCAUGGCAUCGACACGACGGGGAGGUACGUCGGCACGUCGGAGCUGCAGCUGGAGCGCGUGAACGUCUACUACAACGAGGCGUCGUGCGGCCGGUUCGUGCCGCGCGCCGUGCUCAUGGACCUGGAGCCCGGCACGAUGGACUCCGUCCGCACGGGGCCCUACGGCCAGAUCUUCCGCCCGGACAACUUCGUCUUCGGCCAGUCCGGCGCCGGCAACAACUGGGCCAAGGGCCACUACACCGAGGGCGCCGAGCUCAUCGACUCCGUCCUCGACGUCGUCCGCAAGGAGGCCGAGAACUGCGACUGCCUCCAAGGUUUCCAGGUGUGCCACUCGCUCGGUGGCGGCACCGGCUCCGGCAUGGGCACCCUGCUGAUCUCCAAGAUCAGGGAGGAGUACCCGGACCGGAUGAUGCUGACCUUCUCCGUGUUCCCGUCGCCCAAGGUGUCGGACACGGUGGUGGAGCCCUACAACGCCACGCUCUCGGUCCACCAGCUCGUGGAGAACGCCGACGAGUGCAUGGUGCUCGACAACGAGGCGCUCUACGACAUCUGCUUCCGCACCCUCAAGCUGACAACUCCUAGCUUCGGUGACCUGAACCACUUGAUCAGCGCCACCAUGAGCGGCGUCACAUGCUGCCUGCGCUUCCCAGGACAGCUGAACUCCGACCUCCGCAAGCUCGCCGUCAACCUGAUCCCCUUCCCGCGGCUCCACUUCUUCAUGGUGGGCUUCGCGCCGCUCACCUCGCGCGGCUCGCAGCAGUACCGUGCCCUCACCGUCCCCGAGCUCACCCAGCAGAUGUGGGACGCCAAGAACAUGAUGUGCGCUGCUGACCCGCGCCAUGGCCGGUACCUGACGGCCUCGGCCAUGUUCCGCGGCAAGAUGAGCACCAAGGAGGUGGACGAGCAGAUGAUCAACGUGCAGAACAAGAACUCGUCCUACUUCGUGGAGUGGAUCCCCAACAACGUCAAGUCGAGCGUCUGCGACAUCCCGCCGCGCGGCCUCUCCAUGGCGUCCACGUUCAUCGGCAACUCCACCUCCAUCCAGGAGAUGUUCCGCCGCGUGAGCGAGCAGUUCACGGCCAUGUUCAGGAGGAAGGCGUUCUUGCAUUGGUACACCGGCGAGGGCAUGGACGAGAUGGAGUUCACCGAGGCGGAGAGCAACAUGAACGACCUCGUCUCCGAGUACCAGCAGUACCAGGACGCCACCGCCGACGAGGAGGGCGAGUACGAGGAAGAAGAGGAGGCGAUACAGGAGUAGAGCUGAGCAAAUGAUACCUCAUAUCCUACCGGUUGUGACCACCACAUGUUUGCCUGAACAUCAUGUCAUCAUCGUAGUUGCUGCCUCCGCACCUAAAUUUGCUGCUUGUUUGUAUGAUAUCGUGUGUAUCAGAUCGGCGUACUGGUUCUGUAUGCAAGUCUUGGCUAUUGAUGUUCUGUUUGCUUACUUCCAA